CGCGUAUCGCCCAGAGCUAUUCCAACGGCCAUCAUCACCUUACCGAACCUCGAAGUUCAGGUCUUGAUUGGCAACUAGCCUUACUUUACGCCAUCUCAAUCCCGGUCUCCCCACCGCAAACCAACCGUCAAGAUGUCUUUCCAGAAGCCCGAGAAGGAUUUCGGCGAGGGCCCUAAGGUCCACAAGAUCCGUAUCACCCUUACCUCUCGCAAGGUCGCCUCCCUCGAGAAGGUUUGCUCUGAGCUGAUCGAGCGUGCCCGCUCCAAGUCCCUCCACGUCAAGGGUCCCGUCCGUCUUCCCACCAAGACCCUUCACAUCUCCACCCGUAAGACCCCCAACGGUGAGGGUUCUAAGACCUGGGACAAGUACGAGAUGCGCAUCCACAAGCGUCUCAUCGACCUCCUCGCCCCCACUGAGACUGUCAAGCAGAUCAUCAUCAACAUCGAGGCUGGUGUUGAGGUCGAGGUCACCAUUGCCGCUUAAAUUUACUCUAA